AUGGCCAUCGCAAGUCACGUCACCAAGAACAGCUCCACGGCUGCCCGCGCAAUGCGGCCUUGCACAGCCGUUGGACAUCUGUCAGUCAGUGGCUUCUCUUCUUUAAAUUAUCAUUGUGGUUUCUGGGAGUGUUGCGCCGAAGCAGGCCCUGGCAGGAAGGGAGUUCCCGGUCGUGCCGAAAAGGGGCGUUUGUUCGUUUGGGAGAAGCACCUGAUGGGGUCUAGCGGCCCCCAUCCGAGCCCCGUGCGAAAUUUCCCAGCAGCAGAAAGCUUUCUCGGUUCAGUGCGGAACCCCCCUGCAUUUUCAUCCAUACAAGGUGUAAACGAGAUGUGGACUCAACUUCAUCAACAUCAAGCACCCACCAGCCGCCCUGUUCAUUUCUCUUUCUUUGCACAUGUUGGCCCGCCUCCCUACCCCGGUUUUCCGGUGUCCUCACUGGGGCCACCACUUUCUGUCCCUCCCGAUGAAUCGAGCCCGGGCUUUGUUUGCCGCCGUCUGACUGACUCUUGUCACCGUCGUCUCCGCUGUUGCGAUGCUUUCCCUUGCCGCCACAACCUUGGAUCCUGCAGCCCGCAUAUGCUCGCCAAUGGCAAGCCCGCUGCUGAGCUGAACCGGGAAACCUUGCCGUGA